GCAGUUGGUAGAGGCAGCUUUGACCGCAGGAGAUGUUACAAAUACGAAUGUAAUUAACUUCGGUGAUUCAUUCAUUCCAUCCACACAGAGGCACGUACAUUAAAGAGAGAGGCAUAAUUAUAUACGGCUUUGUUCAAGAGCGAACGACUAAAGAAAUGAAGAUAAGAACCAUGGGUGGCUAUUUCGUGACUUGGCUUGUUAUUAUGACAUGCUGUGCUGUGGAAGUUUUCCCUCAAAAAGUAAUCCCGUGUGGUAUACGGCCGCAAAGUAGCGCUCAUACGACUGCUACGCGAAAAAAGAGAGUGAUUGGUGGACACGUGGCCCCAAAUAAUUCUUGGCCUUGGUUAGUUAAUUUUAUCGACAAAGAUGAUACUCUGCAAUACUGCAGUGGAGUGAUUAUUGCUAAGAGAUGGAUUCUGACUGUGGCACACUGUUUUAUAUUCUACGGACCUGAUGGGAGUGUGGUUACUUUUCCUGUAACAAAAUAUAAAUACAUCAUAGCAGACCACAGAUAUAACGUCACUGAUCAUCACGAGUUCACUGUACAGCCGUCAAUGUUGUUCAUUCAUCCCAAGUACAAAAUUGGAGACGAUUUUCAACCAGGAGAUUACGACAUUGCGCUUAUAAAGUUAAAAAGACCUUUGAGAUUCUUCCCACAAGUUAAUCGAGCAUGCUUACCAGUCAAAAACACCAUAUUCAACACAACUUCUUCAUGUUUUCUCGCUGGUUGGGGUAACACAGUGAACACCACGGAUUAUUACAGAUCUCCCGUACUGAAACAGGUUCAACUCAAACUCGUACCGUUGAAAAAUUGUAACAGCAAGACGGUUUACAACGGGAUCAUCCCCAGUCGGUACCGGUGUGCAGGCUACCCCCAAGGGGGAAAAGAUGGCUGUUAUGGUGACAGUGGUGCUCCAUUGCAAUGUAAUAUACAUGGAAGUUGGACUGUGGCUGGAAUCAUGUCCUGGGGUUCUGAAUGCGCUGCCCCAAACCGUUAUGGAGUUUACGUAGAUGUCCUGCAAUUUAUGACAAGAUUCAUACAACCCGUAAUGCAAGGUCGAUUGGAUCGUCUCACAACAUACCACAAGAGACCGUUAUCUCGUUUUAAGAAGAAAUGGAAAAUAAAAAAAAUGUCAUUUUAUUUGCUCUUCACAAAGAAAGACGUUUUCACCGACAUCGACUUGGUUAGAAAUCUUCAGUUAACGCCAUUGCAAAUAGCACUACUGAAGAAUAUCACCCUGCGAGAUUAUGUUUUUGUCAUAUGCACCCACCAUUCAGUGUCAUCUUUGAUCCAAUCAAAUUGUGCACUUAACAGGAUUGUUGCUGGGUUCAAACGGAAUUCAAGAAAGUUCGAAAAUUAUGAUAAGAUAAGAAGUUACGGGAAAUUGAACAACAUAACUGUUGAGAAUGUUAUUAAGAUGGCGGGGGUACCUAAAAAUAUCCUACUUAAUUCAAAAAAUCUCUUGAGCAUAGUCAAGAAGAGAUCUCCUUCUAGGAAUGUGGCAUUAAAGUCCUUAUCUGGUUAAGUGAAAAUAUAAUCACUCUUUCAUUUCGUGUUAUCAAAACCUCUUCAGACUUCAAUUCCAUUCUGUCCCUUGUAAUCAUUGCCAGAAAUGUAUUAUCUGGAACCUCAUGUACUAACUAGUAACUAAUAUAGUUUCGUGUAAAUGAUCAGUUCAUGAUUACUAGUAACUAGUUGUACAAUGCAGAGUUAGCGCUAAAUUAUGCUACUAUGGUAACCGACUUACUGAAAGUUUUCAAUUUACUGGGAAUACAGUAUCUUAUUAAUCUUAACGUGGUACGAUUCAUCCAAAUACUCAUGUACCCAAGCACUUAUUCAUUCCGCCCCUGACGGUAUGGGUAGAACUUAUGGAUAAAAAUAUCUUACUCUAUAUCAAUAGAGAUAAUUAAAUUUGUAUAGACCACUUGGACUUGGUGUUGUAAAUAUAUAUUUUAAUCUAUUAUAUAUAGGUAUAUAUACUAUCAGUAUUUUUUGGUUCCUC